UGAAUGAAACGUCAAAAAUUGCUAUUCUGUCAAAAAUUUUACAAGCCCCUUGGCUACUCAAAAGUUAUUCACCACACUUAACGUCAUAUUUUUAUUACCCCUACAACUUUUCUACCAUUCGACACAGCCUUGGUACGAGAAGAAAAGUGUUAUUUAUGUCCGGUUCGCUUGUUGUGCUUUUAAGCGCGCUAUCUUUGUCGGCGCUUCAUUAUGACAUAUAUGGAGAGGACAACACGACAUAUCAUGUUUUUCCAAGAUUUUGGACAAGCACAGGACUCUGUCCACCUGGCGAUGUGACACAUGAGAAUGUCAAGGAAUUUCUGCGCUCAGAUUCAAUGCAAAUUAAUAUUUUGUAUUUAUCAGCUUUACCAGCGAAAUCACUUACUCAUAUAAGAAUACACUGGAUGUUGGAACUGCUGAAAUUUGUGCAAUACUCGCAAUCGGGUUUACCCAUUUAUGACUUCAGCGAUUUGGAUGAUUUUUUAGAAGAGUUAAACACGAUGAACCUUUAUCCUAUGAUAGAAUUUAUGGGCAAUAUAUCAGAUGUUUUUGUUAAAAACCCAACAUACAAUAAUGUACUAUGGGAGGAUUUGAGCUAUGAAGUCACCAAACACUAUUUGAACACCUUUGGAGCGAAAACGGUUUUGAAGUGGCGUUUCGAAACUUGGAAUGAACCAGAUUUACACAUCUAUAACAAACUUAAUUUCUCUUUGCCAGAUUACAUAACAUAUACAAAAUCCAUACAACAUGGGAUGCAACGAGCAAGCAUACGAACGCCGAACAAGUUGUACUUUCCAUUACGAGGACCAGCUGGAUUAUUUAAGGCCCAGCAACAUCACAUGUUGUGUUGGGGUAUUCUCGAUUUUUGUAGUACUAAUAUAACUGAAUGCCCAUUUGAUAUACUCACAUUUCACGGAAAGGGCAACGGAACAGCCUCAGCCGUCUUAAGCAAAUCGAAGUUAAUACUUUCAAAAAUUUACAAAAACUAUCCGCAGUUAAAGAAAUUCCCUAUUUCAAAUGACGAAGCAGAUCCCGUAUCUGGAUGGUCAACGCCACGUGAAUUUCAGGAAGAUGUGCGGUAUGCUAAGACUUUAAUCGAAAUAGUCAUGCAAUACUGGAGUGCUAAAUUAAAAAGCGGUACGCUUUCGCAACUCGAAAGCAUUAGUCAUGAUAAUGCUUUCCUAAGCUAUCAUCCAUAUGAGUUUUCCCAACGUACGCUUCUCGCUCACUUUCGCAUGAACAACACAAACCCUCCGCAUUCACAGUUUAUACAAAAGCCGGUUUAUGCUGCACUAGGACUACUUUCGCGAAUGGCCGAUUUGGCGUCAGAUGUAAUGGAAAUAAACACAUUGAACGGAUACAAAUUGGAAAUGAUUAAGUCCACGGGAGAGAAAGAGAAGCCAUUGUACAAAAGUUGGCUGAUUCUACCUACAGAUGAGUGCGAAUGUAAUGUUGACGAUGAUAUCCGUAUACCAACUUUUAUUCAUAUAUGUGAAAAAGAAAUGAUUGCUUUUAUUGCAGAGGUAAUAGAUCAAAAUAGAACUAAUCCAGCUUUGAUUUGGAGACAGUUUAAUAGACCAUCCUUUCCCAGUCCCACUAUCCGAGAGGAAAUGCGUCGCUACCAAACAUUGUACAUGCAUGAUAUAGGAAUUUUAAAAACAUCCGAGAUAUCUAUAGAUUUUUCAAGUCUAUCAUAUCCAUGGGUAAUGCUCGUCAGAUUUUGCUCCAAUCUUAACGGUCAACCUUACAAACCAGAAAAAAUUCAGAUAACUGGCAUAACUCAAGGUGAGGUUUUGGUGUCAUGGCAGGAAACAAAUCCAUCACCAUGCCUUAAAACAUUUGAAAUUUGGUUUAGAUCGAAUGGGCAUGCGGACUGGAUACACAUAUCACGAGAGUGGCAUUUACCAUUUAACUCAUUUCAAUAUGCCCCAGGACAAAAUGUAAAUGGAUUUUAUAAAGUUCGCAGCGUUGACGUUUUCAACAGAACGAGCUCCUUUUCGGCACAGGUGCAAUAUAUUGAAAUAUAAAAUUGUAUCAGAGCGACAUCAACAAAGGGAAGCAAUAUAUAUAUAUAUAUAUACA